AUGAGUGUUUUUUUUGUUACAAAUCUUGAUUUCUUGUUAAUGAAGGAAACAAAAAGAUCAUCAUGACCUAAUCUUGUCGAUUAUGUGAGUGGGUGACUUGGUGGUAUCUUCUUUGUCAUGUCACACCAAACUAUUUAUUACGAAUCCACAUAACAAGACGGUGUCGUUUGAGCUCAUCAACAUCACCACUUUAUUAGUUUGACGAGGAAAAAAAAAACUCUCCCUUCACAUGGCUCUUCCCUUAAACCGCGUCAGAUCGACCUUGCUCUUCACGUUCACUGUAUCAUUCAUCUUCUCAGGAAAGUCACUUGCGGAAGGCUUACGACCUUCCGAUCAUGGCCUACAGUACCAGUUCAGCUCACCACCGACUGAAUCUCAUUCACCUCCCGGUAAAAUGAUGUCCUUCUUCGGAGAUUCCCAUUCUCCUCCUCCUUCUCAGCUCCUCUCAAAAGCUUCGGAGGCAGACGACGGUGAUGACUCGUGGUGGCGUGAUGGAGCUAUGAACAGACGUGAUCACGUGAUGAGGCACGUGUUUCUUGCGGCUAGUAUCAUCUGUGGCGUCUCCGGUGUUGCGCUUCUUGUUGUUUUCACUUUGGUUUACUUCUUUAGGUCUCGGAUACGAGAACCAUCGAAGUUACCCUGUAGCGAUUUAAAGUAGAAAUUUCGAUUUUGAUUUUUACCU